AUGCCUCUUGAUGAAGAGGGUGCCAAGUGGUCUUGCGAACCAUGCAUUCGCGGCCACCGAUCUUCAAAAUGUCAGCACUUCGACAGACUGAUGAUGAAGGUACCCAAGGCUGGACGGCCUCUAGCCAAAUGUCCCCAUCCGAAGGGGACCUGCAGUUGCCAGAAGACGUUUGCCUUCAUGGUCCGAAUCCCGAAAGGCUCGACAUGUUUAUGCCGACCGCUAUACAAAGUCCCUGCCAGCACAGAUGAGUCAUCACAGUCCACCCCAGCACCUGUACCUCCAGUUUCGUCAACUGCAGCGGCCAAAAUUCAGAAAUCAGGAAGACGACAAAGCCUUUUUCAAGCUGCACCGGGCAACCUUGCAAAGGCGCUGGAGUCUAUGCCGGACAAUCUCAAAUUCGAGGAUGGUGUGGUCAACUACGCGGCAACCAUUGCUCAACCCUCCGAUCGGAAUGACUCGCUCUCAGCUAUUCAGUCGACCAACAGCUUUUCACCUACACCCGCUUCUGAUGGACCUACCCCGAAUGGAACUAGCUGUUGCUCCAAGAAAUCCCAGGCCCCACCAGUGGCUUCCAACAGCGGAGGCUCUUGCUGUUCUGGAAAGUCUAAUGCGCCAUCAACGUCCAAUACUUUCUUCACUGGAAACGGGUACAAGGCGAGCCAGCCCACUGACUGGAACGACAUGUCAUAUAUGAAUUUCUCGGCGGCCCAGAUGCCCGCUUGGCAAAACCCUAUAGACUCUACUCAGCCCCAAUUCAUGCAAUCGUUGGGGAUGCAUAGCGCCCAGUCCCAUCCACUUUACACGAACGAAUAUGCCUCUCAUGUGUCUUCCGCUCCAUCGUACUCGAACACGAUGAGUGAAAUUGGGACAACACAAACGGCCGUGGCUCAAUUUGCUGCGGACCACUCCCGGAAGUCCGCCUACAUGCACUCCCAUACCCACCAUGAUGCGGAGUCUUGUCAUGAGUGUAAAUGUGGAGACGAUUGUCAAUGCUUAGGCUGCGCGGCCCAUCCCUUUAACAACACUACUCGUCAGCAUGUUCAGGAGAUGGGUGUUUUGAUGACCUUUGAUGGUGAUGAGCACAUCCCCGAAGACAUGGCCAACGCCUACCCGCCUCCAUUCCAUGGUAAUACUCCAUCGACUCCAAUGAACUUUGGCUUCAUGCAGCACAAUCCCUCCAUGGAAAACACUGGUCAGCAAAACAACUUCGACCCGUACUCGGAUCCAAACUCCGCCAUUUCUUCUGGCUACUCCUCUCCUCUCCGCGCCAGUCACACAUUGAACCAGCAAUUAAUGCAUCCAUCCGAAUACUACACGUUGGAGUAUCCGGUGGGAAUUCCCUCAGCCUGUUCGAAUAUGACUGGAAGCUGUCAAUGUGGAAACGACUGCAGUUGCGUGGGCUGUCUCACACACAGCGGUCAUAAUGGCGUGCCUCUCGAUGCAUCGAUCCCAGAGCCUUCUAUUGCUACCACAACAGAACAGCACCCUUCGUCCCAUCGCCAUACCUCGGUGACAUCUGUUAGCCACAGUUCGCAUAUUCCUGUGCUUGACAAUAUUUCUGUGCCAUGUCUGAGUCCACGCACGCUUGAGACAUCGAUGAUUUGA